UUAGAUGAGGGAACAAGGAAAGACCUUUUCACUGACACUUUCUGUAAGGUUUGCAGGGCAGUUCUGCAGUUUGAGUCCCACAGGAUGUCACACUAUAAGGGCAAAAAGCAUGCUCAGAAAGUUCGUCUUUACAUCCAAAUGCAUGGUGAGAAAAGUGAGAGACAGGAGAAGGAUUUUAUCAGUUUCCAGGUGAAUGGGAGCGAAGUAGUGGACAAAAACAAAUACUGCAAUCUCUGCAAUAUGGUUUUUAGUUCCCCAGUCGUUGCUUUGUCUCACUACUUGGGAAAGAUCCAUGCUAAAAAGCGGAAGCAAUUAUCAGGAGUCCAAGUCCACAUGCCAGCACAGAGCAUGCAGCCUGUUCCUGCUUUACAGAAGCCAUUGGCUGAGAAACCUUUGCUGCCUUUAAAAGCUGAAGAGUCUUCAUCAUCCUCCAACUCAAAGCUGAACUUAAAUGAUCCAGAAAAGUACUGCAGGCUCUGUUGUGCUCCCUUCAAUAACCCAGUCACAGCCCACCAGCAUUAUGUUGGUAAGAAACACAGAAGAAAUGAAGCACGGAAAAAGCUAUUGGAGGAGCUGGGAGACAAAGCCAUCCCUGCAGAAUCCAGCACAAGUGGUUCCUUCUUUUCAGCAAUUGGGGCUGGUUAUUACCUGUGCCCCGUGUGUGACAUCACACUUACAUCCAUAGAAACCUACCAGUCCCACAUGCAAGGCAGCAAGCACCGGAAUAAAGAAACAGUGCUUGCUAGUCUCAGGAAGAAAUCAAAUAAAACAAAUUACUCCUUUCAAGAUGAAUUAACAGAUCACAUUGAGGCUCAGAAAGCUGGAGAUCUACAGCCAGGAAGGUCUUUAGGAAAAGCAGGAGAAGAAGAAUUUAAAGACAAAAAUAUUGAAGGAGGAAGUAACCGUGGUGAGGUUUUAUCUUCAGACUUUAACUGUGCAGAAGUCCAGCAUUACAGCCUUUUCUCUGCAACACAGUGGUCUAUAACUAGUGGUGAAAACAGAUCACCAAGCUGGCCAUCCGCUGGUGAUCAUGCACUAGAAAAGACACUUAGUUGUCACGAUAACAAGAGAUUAUGUAAAGUAGAGCAAGCAUCUGAGAUGGCCACCAUCAGAGAGAAAAGCUUCAGCCUGCUGGUUGCACAGUCUGAAGGCUGCUACAAACUUAGGCUUGCUGAAACUUUCACCAACUCCUACAAAAAAGAAGAGAAGUUUCAGAUAGAACAUUUUGAGGAGGAAAAAUAUGCCAGUGAAGAGCUGAAGUAUGAGAAAGGAACCACAAGGCAGAAAAGAAAGACAAAUAGCGAAGGUGCAAAUUUUGGAAAAGAAAAUGAGAAGCAGAAGAGAAUUAAAGUUGAGAUAGGCUUGGGAAAGGAGAAUAAAUCAAGACCUUAUAAAGACAUAAGUCUUAAAGAAAACCCCGCUGAGAAAGAGAACAAAAAGCCCCAAAAUGGUAAAAUGAAGUCACAGACAAAUGUGAAAAGAGAAGAGGAGCUACUCUGGGAUGAAUCUGUCUUGGGAUAUUGA